UAAAUUCCAUAUACUAUUUCUCAUGCAGUGAAUGUUAGCAUCCAUGUUUUUGCUUUUAUGUUUACACUAUUUUUUUUUUCUUAUUUAAACAAUUUCCUCAUUUUAGUGUCACUGUUCAUGAACUGAAAGAUACGAAAAUCACCGUUCUGCACAUAUCCGACAGAACUCCGUCGAUAAUGAGCUUCUUUUUUGGAGGACGUUCAUCAAAGACAUUUAAGCCAAAAAAGAAUAUUCCUGAAGGAACUCAUCAAUACGAUCUCAUGAAACAUGCUGCUGCUACCUUAGGAAGUGGAAAUUUGCGCCUUGCAGUGAUGCUUCCAGAAGGGGAAGAUCUAAAUGAAUGGGUUGCAGUUAAUACUGUGGAUUUUUUCAACCAAAUUAACAUGUUAUAUGGCACCAUAACAGAAUUUUGUACAGAGGAUAGUUGCCCAGUAAUGUCAGCGGGACCAAAAUAUGAGUAUCACUGGGCUGAUGGUCAGACAGUAAAAAAACCAAUAAAGUGCUCUGCGCCAAAAUAUAUUGAUUACCUUAUGACAUGGGUUCAAGAUCAGUUAGAUGAUGAAACCUUAUUUCCUUCAAAAAUAGGUGUACCUUUUCCCAAGAAUUUCCUAUCCAUUGCAAAGACUAUCUUGAAACGAUUAUUUAGAGUAUACGCCCACAUCUAUCACCAGCACUUCUCAGAGAUUGUACAACUUGGAGAAGAAGCACAUCUAAACACAAGUUUUAAACAUUUUAUAUUUUUCGUCCAGGAAUUCAGUCUUAUUGAUAAACGAGAGCUUGCACCUCUGCAGGAAUUAAUAGAAAAAUUAGCCUCAAAAGAUAAAGACAAAGAUAGUAAUCCUGCCCGUUAAUUUUAUUGUUGUUAUUACUCUAUUUUCCCAUCUAACAAGAAGCAUAUCGUAAUAUUCGCAUAAAAUUAGUUUUGCUUGAAAUAGUGCUUUUGUUGUGAUAUAUGAUGGUAAAAAAUGAAGCAGACCUACAUCAUGUGCUGGAAUGCAAUUUAUUUUUACUUUAAAUUGAAUAUUUUUUAUAAAAUUUAUCAUGUAUUUUAACAGCAGUUAAAUAUGUUCCUAUCCAUGUAAUUAAAUUAUUUUUGAGAGGGGUGAAUUUUGUAGCAGAUUUAACAGUGUCUUAUUGGUUUAAUUCAAUUGUAUGAUAAGUGGUCUAAAUGUGGAUGCUUUUUCAUUUUCUGUUAGAUAAAAUAAAGAUUUUUUUCCUGUUAUGAAUCAGUUAGUUAAAGAACAGGGGUAUAAUUUGGCAUUUGCAUUCUGUCUGUCUGAAUCAACAGAUCAUUUUCUUGUUAUUUAUUGUUAGAAACAUUAAAUUAAUUUUCAUAGCCUUGAAAAGUUUACUAUAUGUUUUUCUGUAUAUAAUCAGGAGUCUUAAAAGUACAUUUUAAGAAGCUCCUUUGGCCAUUUGUUCGGUGAUUAAAAACCCAUAUAAAAAUAUGAAUUUCUAAAAACACUCUGGAAGUAUCAUCUAUAGAAAGAUCUCUCAGUAUUAUUUAAUCAUAAUUUGCCACUCAAAUUGUAUUGCUACAUAAAUAUGUUUAAAACAAGCUAAAUUUCAUAUUUAUUAUACGCUCUACAGAUAAUGUUACAUUUAUUCAGUUUUAUUUUGUUUAUUAUUUUAUUUCAAAUUAUUAUUGCUAUUUAUAUAGGAACCUUGCUUUAAGUCUCCCUUAUAUUUUUUGCAUGUUAAGCUUCAGAAAUAUGCAUCUGACAUUUCCAGCCAUUUCCCCAUUGUCUUUCUUUUUAUACAUAUGCGUGUAUUUCUGGGGAAAAAUGUUAUUUCAAAUGCUUAGGUUGUAUUUAUUUUUCCUAUGAAAGGAAGCACAAAAUUUAAAUGAUUCAGUGUUUAAUUGUGAUAAAAAAUUCAAAUGUUAUACUUCUUGCAUGAGUAAUUGUGACAACUUUUGUCAUCUUUUUUAUUGUUAUUUACAAGUUUAUGCUCUUAUUUGUCCAUUAUAAUUCUUUAAAAAUCUCGUAAUAAAAAAAUGGAAUACCAAUUAGUGAUUAAUUGUAAGAUCAAGUGUCCUUAAAUAGUUGGUGCUUAUAACCAAGCUUUUAUAUGUCCUUAUUUUAAAGCAAAAAGAUGUAAUUAUUGAUAUCUUCUGUGGGUCAGUUAGAGCCAAUGAGUGUUGGGUUUAUAUCAUUUAAAAUCACACAUUAUGUAUUUUAAAAAUGCAGCAUUUUGUUGUAAAUAUGUUCUUUCAUAAAUGAUUCAUUUUUUCUGUGUAGAUUUUUAAAUGAUAAACCCAUCACUUAUAUCUGCAUGUUGCUUGGACAGUGCUGAUACAUUCAGAUGCACUUGUUUUGACACCUGUGCCUAAUGAGCAUGUAAUGUAGUAGAACAUAGAUUUUUUACAAUUAUAACGAUAUAAGAGCAGUCUUACUUUGUAAAUGAACAUUUGUGUGCUAAUAUGUAAAAUAAGAGCCAAUAAAAUUUUCAUGCUUUUAAUUAAUA